UUGUUUAUAUAAAGAAACUCACUUUUAACUCAAUUUUUUUGGUAAUGAUCUUUACCUUCACAACAUUAUUAUUCCCUCCUUUACAACACAACCACCUAACUCAAACACACCCUUCUUCUCCUCUGUUUUCUACCCUUUCCUCCUGAAUUCCCACAUAGUUCACCAUCACCAUGAUCGAUUCAGGCACCAAACACCCCGAAAAUCGUAUCCAUUUAUACGAUCCGGUUGGCCUUCUACACGAAGGCUAUGGCGCUUUUAGGCCGUCCAGCCACGCUGUCCGGCCUAGAAGGCAAACUGUUUCCUAUGAUAAUUUUGUAGAAACUACUAAUAGUAAUUCUCCUUCAGGGAUUGGAUCUUAUGAUAGCUUCACCGAUGCGAAUAGUACCGGUGGUUUACGAUCAUAUGACAGCUUUGAAGUUGAUAGUUUGGGGUUAAGAUCUUAUAAUGAGAGCUUCAACUUGGAAGCUACUGAUGGCAGAAUAAACUCUUUUGACAGUAGUACUAAUACUACUACUGCAGCUGAUCAACAGGACAGAAAUGACGGAGGUCUGAGGUUUAUUACAGUCAAGAACGUUGUUGAGGAUGAUCAGUCUGAUGAUUCCACACCGCGAUUGUGGAGGCCGAGUUCUCCCAAGAGUCCUAAGUCGCUGCGUUCCCCUCUGCAUCAGACUACAACUGCUACAUCGGCGAAUUCUUCUUCUUUAUAUCCCAGUAGUCCUCCUAAGUCAUCAUCUGCUGUGAAUUCUCCUCCUCUGAAUCCAUCUAGUCCUAAGUCUGUUAAAUUUGCUCCUAUGAAUCCCACAAGUGUUAAGUCUGCUGUUAAUUCUCCUCCUCCGAAUCCAACAAGUUUGAACCAGCAACAGUAUCAGAUGAUGUCGCCUUCUUCGAGGACUCAGGCAAUAGCCAAAGGUCGGAAAGAGCUAAUGGACAUGGUUCGGGACUUGCCUGAGAGUUUCUACGAGCUGUCUUUGAGAGACAUAGUUGAUCAGAAACCCGAGUUGCAGACGCAGAAGGAGAAGGAGAAGGAAAUUGAAAUUCCUGAAGAAAAGAAACCAAACAAGGAGACUACCAAGGCUAAAGAGACAAAGAAGCAGAAGAAGAGCAGUAGCAAGAAAGUUAAAAAGAGCGAGAGCAAAAAGAAGAUGGUGAGGAGUAGGAGUGUUGAUAAUGGGAAGUUUCUUCUGAAGACAUCCGUGUUUCCGAUUUUGGGAACAAGGAAAAGCAAGAAAAAUUUGAGUGCUGCUAGUAGCUUCAAGGUAGCACCGAUGCCAAAAGGAGAUUCAUCAUCUGCUGGACCAGGGAAGGUUGGUGAGAAAGACUGGUGGAAGAGAAAAUCGUGCAUCUCAAGUGAGAGCGAAAACAGCAAUGGUCUGAGUAGCCAUAGCAUCAGCAGUCGCAGCAGCAGUAGCAGCAGUCGGAGCAAUAGCAGCAAUGGAAGGCGCAGCAAUAGAUUUCUACUUAGCUGUUGCAUAUUCAAUGGAAGAAGAAUCGGAGGCCAUAAAUAAACCUGAAGACAGCUGCCUCCCUGAAAGUGGAAGGCAAUAGCUAUAUUGUUUUUUGUAAGUAUUUCUCAUAAAUAAGUCACUCGUAGUAGAAGAAACCAGAUUUUGGCAGCAAAGUUUGCUGUAAAGAAUGUGUACAUUCUAUACAUUGUGCUUUAUUAUUGUGGAUUGUCUCCAAAUAGGCAAGCUUUCUCACAUGGUA